AUGAAGGUCAGAGCACAAACGGCGGCCGCACUGGCCAUUGCCGGCGCAUAUGCACAGGAGUCAGCUCCAACUUACGACGGUACACCUGCUGUCACCCCUCCAGUCUCAUACACCACCGUCACAUACGACGACUGCCCGACUAGCGACAUCGCAACGAUGAUCACAGUCACAAAUGGCAUUACUGUGACUUACUGCCCAGAGUGUGAACACGAGACUCCAAAGCCAACAACGAAGAAGCCAGGCCACACCACUGUCUACACCACCACCUACCUCUCACUUUGCCCGACCGGUACCGUGCCAGUCACAUACACGGUUACCGAGAGCUGCGAAGAGGAGACUCCAACCUGGACUCCAGGUCCAAGCCACGUGCCACAAGGCUUCACGGUCACUGUGAAGGAGUGCACAGCCUGCGAAGGCGGCGACAAGACUCCUGUCCCAGUCACCAUCACCGAGCCAUGCGAUUGCGACGCUACCAGCGGUACUCCAGUCGCACCUAAACCAACAGGCAAUCCAAUCGAACAAAUACCAGACGGCCAAGUCCAAAACCCAGCCCCAACUGGCAAGCCAAUUGAACAAAUACCCGACGGCCAGGUCCAAAACCCAGCCCCAACUGGCGGCAACAUGCCACCAGCUCCAGGCUCCAGCAACUCUGGCGAUGCCCCACCAUACCCAACAGACAGCGCCACGACCGUCAAAUGCCCCGGUCCAGACUGCAGAGCAAAGGCUACCGGUGGUGCUGCCGGCCCAACCGACAGCCCAACCACUCCACCAACUGACAUGGGCGGCGAGGGUGGCGGCGACUCCCCAGCACCAAGCGACGGCCCUGGCACAGCGCCAUUCGAGGGAAGCGCUGCUAGCUACAGCGCCGCUGGAUUCGUGACCAUCUCGGUCAUGGUCGCUGCACUUGCUUUUGCGCUGUAG